AUGGCUUCCAUUUAUACUUCUAAAGAAAUCAGUUUCAAGAAAAUUAUGAGUGUUGUACCUAAAGUAUGGAUGCGACUUAUGAUUACUUUCUUUUGGAGUUUCUUCAUAGUGUUUGUGUCCACAUUGUUAACAGUUGGGUUAAUGGUUUUGUUAGCAUUCAUUAUCAUAGAACCAGAUGAAGGAGAAGGAAGGGCAAUUUUGUUUCUUGUUCUGGCUGGAAUUGUUGCCUUAACUUACUUAGUUGGUUUAGUUUAUAUUGGUGCUGUUUGGAAUUUGGCUUGUGUGAUAUCAGUAUUGGAAAAAAUCUAUGGGUUGAAAGCUUUGAAGAAGAGUAAGAAUUUGAUUAAGGGCAGGAUAUGGGUUUCUUCUGUUAUUUUUGUUAUGCUUGAAAUUUCAUUUUUUGGGAUAUUGGGUGUGUUUAGUGCAGUGGUUAUACAUGGGAGUUCAGUGGGGAUUUUUGGUAAAGUGGUUUUGGGGUUACUUUGUUACCUGUUGAUGACAAUUCUGAUUCAUUUUUAUCUUGUAAUCCAGACUAUGAUCUACUUUGUUUGCAAAUCUUACCAUCAUGAGAACAUUGACAGGUCUGGUUUAGCUGAACAUUUGGAGGCUUGUUAUGUUCGUUUGGAUAGGGAGAAAGAUGUUCAGUUAGAACAAGUUCAUGUCUGA